GCGGGCCGGCCGGGCAGUCCGCGCUCGGUCCCCGUCCGACUCACAGCGCCGCCGACCGCCCGCAGGCUGUUCCGCCUCGCCUCCGCCGCCGCCGCAGCAGCCAUGAUGAUCAAAGGUACCGUGGUGGUGUACUCUAUACCGGCGUGCCCGCACUGCCGCACGGCCAAGGCCACGCUGACCCAGCGCGGCCUACAGUACGUGGACGUGGACCUGGAGCGGUUUCCCCAUCUGCGGCCCUGGCUGCGAGAGACGACCGGCAAGACCAGUGUGCCGCAGAUCUUCUUCAACAGCAGACACAUCGGCGGCAACAGCGAACUGCAGGACCUGGUGGACGACGCGAGUCAGUGGGAGCAGCUCGUCACCCUUCUGGAGCAGACCGAACUCAACCCGAGCGAUGCCGGCGCGCCGCGAAUUCCCAAACCGGAGGAGGCCGUCACCACAUCGGCACCUGCGGCCGUGCUGCCGGUCGAGUGUGAGAAGGACGAGCUGUCCCGUCUGGCCAUCGACCUGCACGACCGGUCCAACCUCAUCAUGGACCACCGCGUCGGCCUCUUCACCAAGAUCAGGGACUCCUUCUCCGGCGAGGCCUUCGUCAACUGGAUGAUCAAGGAGAAGGAGAGCGGUGAGAUAUGA